UAACGUUAGUGAUGAUGUGCGUGUGCUGACUUGCUGCCUCACCAAGUUACAAGCCAUAGAUGACGCUCGAGUACCGGGGUCGGCCUGUUGACGCUUUACGACAGAGGCAUAGGUGAUAUGGACAUCGUGGAAAAUCUCUUUGAGGAGCGAGUUCCGGGGUGCUGCACCGGGAGAGAUGAGGCAAUCCCACAACGACUUCUUACAUGAUGCUCGGCUGCAACACCAGGUGGGCGUGGUGUUUGGCCAGCACACCCUGGAGCACUCUAAGGCCCUGUGCGAGGGACACUACAACUACCUGGAGCGGCUUCCCAACCAGCUGCUGCUUCGCGUCUUCUUCUACCUUAGUUUCAGGGACAUCGGCCGACUCGCACAGACCUCCAAGAGGUUCUCGAAGCUGUCUAACUCGCCUGAGCUGUGGGAGCAGACCGUGCGCGUGCGUUGUGAGGAGCUGACACCAGACAUGGAGAUACUGGCCAACGCUAUGGGCUGGAGGAAGAUCUUCUUCACCUUCUUCCACGAGAAACUGCGGGCCUCUAAGGCCGGCCCAGCCUCAGACUCCCUGCCCUCUGCCAUAAACCUGGCCUAGGCCCCUGUCACCAAAGCAUCUUAGUGACCUCAAUGUGAAGGCUGCACUACAAUCUCUUUGUAAUGAGCACUUAUGUUUUUCUCAGAUAAAUUGUAUUUUUAUGUAUUUAUUAAUUUUUUACAUGGUAAGGGUGAAUACCAAAGCCGAUGAAUGUGAGUCUGAAUAUCAGAAGAUUUGUUUACACUGUUGAUUUAUGUUUGAAGAUGUUUGAAGUGCCAAGUGCAGCUCACUGUGAACACUUUUCUGCUGUGAGUCACCGUUGAAGAAGUUAAAAACUUCUGUGGUUUGCAGUGUUGUUCAUAUUCUAUGCAGAAUAAAGAACAGUGUGUGAAUUAA